AACGUCGCCUUGUGGUUGUGGUAAUCCCCUCCGUAAACCCACCUUCACUCCCGCGCGCCAAUCCACCUCCGCCGCCACUGCCCUGAGCUCCCAAAGCCCCUCUCUUUUCUCCUGUCGCCGGCGAAAAGAUGGACGUAGACAUGGAUGAACGGCAGAUUCAAGCUCGUUUCGUCACAAAAUUGAACCCGCCAUUUAAAGCUCCACCGUCAGCCAUUACCAUCCCGGCUACCGUCACUCGUCUCGGCCUCUCUACUAUCGUCAACAGCCUCCUUAAAGCUGGUGAUCCUGAAUGGGAGACUCAGCCCUUUGAUUUUCUGAUUGAUGGGGAGCUUGUUCGUAUGUCGCUCGACCGAUUUCUUCUUGCUAAGGGCAUUUCUGCUGAGAAGACAUUGGAAAUUGAAUAUAUCAAGGCUGUUGUUCCUAGGAAAGAGGAGGAGCCUUCACUGCAUGAUGACUGGGUCAGUGCUGUCGAUGGUUCAUGUUCUCGGUUCAUCUUGACUGGAUGCUACGAUGGUUUUGGAAGGGUGUGGAAAGGUGCUGGAGUGUGUAGCCAUAUACUUGAAGGGCACACUGAUGUAAUUACCUCCGUCAGUAUCAUUAACCCACUAGGUAUAAUCAAUCACCUGCUUUAUUCUACUACUGCCUCAAAAGAUCAAACUCUUAGACUCUGGAAGAUGGAUUCCGAAGAAGGUGUUGAUGAUGUUCCUGCCAAGAUUAGGCCAUUCAAGAUUUUGCGUGGUCAUAGUGCAUCUGUAGGGAGUGUUGCAGUUGAUUUGUGUACGAAACAGAUCUGCUCAGGUUCUUGGGAUUGCAGGGUUAACUUGUGGCAGACAGAUGUAUCCUCUGCAGAAGGUGAUUCAGUAUCAAUUAAGAAGAGAAAAACUAAAAAUGGAACUGAAGAACCACAGUUGGAGUGCUUUCAGGGUGCUCCGGUUUCGACGCUAGUGGGUCACACACAACAAGUAUCCUCACUCGUGUGGCCAGAGCUUGAUACAAUUUAUUCUGCAUCAUGGGAUCAUACUAUAAGAAGAUGGGAUGCUGAGACAGGAAAAGAUGUGUCGAGCAUUAUCUGUGGAAGACCCUUCAAUUGCCUUAGUGUAGGAGGUGAAGGUUCAACUCUUGUAGCUGCUGGUGGAUCCACUCCCAUACUUAGGAUAUGGGAUCCACGAAAGCCAGGAACAUCUGCCCCUGUGUACCAGUUUUCUUCCCACACUUCUUGGAUAUCAGCAUGUCAAUGGCACAGUAAAUCUUGGUUCCACCUACUAUCUGCAUCCUAUGAUGGGAAAGUCAUGUUGUGGGAUCUCAGAACCGCGUGGCCUGUUUCUGUUAUUGAGUCGCAUGAAGACAAGGUGCUAUGUGCUGAUUGGUGGAAAGAGGACUGUGUGAUCAGCGGCGGCAGAGACUCGAAGCUUCGGAUUUCUUCGGGAGUUCCCGUGCUUUGAGAGGGGGCUCAGGAGAAAAGUCUCCGGUUUUCUGAAAUCUAGAGAAGCUAAAAGCCAACUGUACCAUAGGCAUGGAGAAGCCUUUGUGAUAGAUAUCUCAGUUUUGGUUUGUGGUUAAAUUUGUAUGCAACAGUCUCUCGUGCUUUUUGAAGGGAGUCCUGGGUAAU